AUGAGUGAAGCUGGAAGUAGUUGGGAUGAGUUAAUCGGACUUUCUAAGGAGCAAUGUGAAAGGAGCUAUCUGAUGAGACAUACUGGGGGCACCUUUGACCAGGCUUCGCUGAGGACGUACAGCGAUGGGACUUCAGUCUACAGCUUUUACGAAAAGGGCCUCUCUUUCGGGUUUUUGAAGGAUGGCACUUUGGACAGCAUUGAUUUUUAUAACGACAAGACUUCGGGUGGGGUGCGUGCAAUGAAAACCGUUGCUGACUCGGUGCCGUUACCCUUUGGGAUAACCAAGCAAGAUACGGGCAGGUCUUUGGUGACAAAAUUUGGAGAACCCAAGGAAAAGGGCGGCGGUUUUAAUGCAAAAAUUGAUAUUUGGCUACGAUGGGACAACUUUCAGGUUGAUAUAGAUAACAAGAGUUGGGACCAAGCACCAAACUCCAGAUGGAGUGCUUUUACGAUAUAUAGGCCAUGA